AUGUCGAGAUUUUUUACGACCGUGUACGAUUCGGAGGACUCUUCUGACGAGGAAUUGCUUUCUUCGUCGGAAGAGCUUCUUUCGUCGUCCGAAUCCGAGGCCGGCGAACGUUCUGAGCAGGAGGAAUCCGAAGAGGAGGAGGAAGAGGAGGAAGAAUGGGCCUCCAGCUCAGACGACGACUCAGACGACGACUACCAUGCCGGCAAGGUGAGAGGACCGUCAUACUUCUUGAAAAAGGAUUUCAAGAGCGGAGGGGACGACAGCGACUCAGACAGCGACGCAGAAGAAAAGAGGGUGGUGAAGAGCGCCAAGGAGAAGUAUUUGGAGGAGAUCGCCAAUCUUGUGGACCAGAUUGAGAACUUCUCGAUGGUUGAAGACUGGGUGAAGAUAUCGACCGAAUUUGACAAGCUGAACAAGACUGUUUCGAAAUAUCCACAGUUCCACAUUCCUGUGCCGCGUCUCUAUAUCAAAUCGCUGGCAAUUUUGGAGGACACCAUUUCUGCAGCACAGAACAGAGACGUGAAGAAGAAGCUGAAUGCGCUGGAGUCGAAGUCGAUGAACGUGGUGAAACAAAGAGUCAAGAAGGCCGUCAAGGACCACCAGUUGGAACUGGACCAAUACAGAAAAAAUCCAGAAGCGUACGAGAGCGGCUCUCUGGUCGAAACCGAGACUCCAAAGGAAACCCAGACCACGCAGACCUCUGGCUCGGAGGCUGCCGGAAUAUUCACGAUCUUGCGUUCUAUCAUAGAAACCAGAGGAAAGAGAAACGUUGACCUUGCAGAGCAGAUCAGCCAAUUGGAAGAGCUCACACAGCUGGCCAAGGCGCCAUUCCACCUCAUCUCCAUCUACCUGCUUCUUGUUCCUAUCAGAUUUGACCUGUAUGCCAAAGCAGCCUUCAUGCCUCUGGAACAAUGGAAAUACGCUCUCAGAGACAUCAACGCUUUGCUGGACGUGCUAGAAAAAAACCGGAAUUACGUUGUUAGCGAGACUGCCGCUCCAACCGACGAUAUUGAGACCGAGCCGCCAGCCGACGCCAGCGGCGUCAAGCAGAUGAUCGGCUCCAUCGCCUCGUUGGUCGAGAGACUUGCUGAUGAGCUCACUUCCCAUCUUCUGGCCAUCGAUCCUCACUCCACAGAGUACGUUUCGAGACUCAGAGACGAGUCAUCAGUGUACACUCUGUUGGUGAGAGCACAGGUCUAUUACGAGUCGAUCAUCUCUAAGAAGGAGCUGCAGACUCCUAAGGGCGACCAGCUUGCCAGAGUCAUUUUGAAAAGAGUGGACUACAUCUACUUCAAGCCUUCGAAGCUCAUUAUUUUUGGCGAGAAUACUGUCUGGAAAAAGUUGGACGAGUCGCUGGACUCCAACAUUUAUCCAAAACUGAAAGAGUCCGGACCGCAGGGAGUCGAAUACACAAACGGCCUGAUCGACGCACUGUGUUUGGUGCUGUAUGAACAGCCAAACUCCGUGUUCAGAAAGAAGGCGGUGCUCUACCACAUAUACUAUUAUGCGUUCAACGACCAAUAUUUCAAGGCUCGCGACAUGCUGCUGCUGUCUCACUUGCAGGCCACCAUACACACCGCCGACCCCCAAUUGCAGGUGCUUUUCAACAGAUCGCUGGUCCAGCUGGGUCUGAGUGCGUUCAGAUGUGGUCUUAUCCACGAGGCCCAGCAGUCGUUGUAUGAGAUUGCCACGUCUCCAAGACAGAAGGAGCUGCUUGGCCAGGGAGUCCAGAGAUUCCAGGUUCAGCAGUCCCAGGUGGACAAGCAGAGAUUGCUUCCUUUCCACAUGCAUGUCAACUUGGAGCUUCUUGAAUGCUCGUUCUACACGGCUUCCAUGCUGAUCGAGGUGCCAUUGAUGGCACAGAACCCUGACUUUGCCAAGAGAAGAGUCGCUGUGUCCAAGUCGUUCAAGAGAGUGCUUGAGUACCACGAGAGACAGAUUUUCGACGGUCCUCCGGAGUACACAAGAGACUACAUUAUGUUGGCAGCCAAGGCUCUGCUCAAGUCCGACUGGAAAAAAGCCAGCGAGCUGAUCAACUCCAUCAAGAUCUGGGAUCUUUUCAACAACAGCGACAAAAUCAAGGCCAUGCUUCUGGAGAAGCUCCAGAUCGAGGCUCUGAGAACCUACCUGUUCACCAACGAAACAUUCUACUCCAAGCUUUCCAUCUCGACGCUGGCUGCCAUUUUCCAGAUCGAGGAGAGACUCGUCAAAUCCACUGUCCUCAAGAUGAUCGCCAACGAGGAGAUCACCGCUCUGUACAACCAGCCCGCCAACAUCCUCGAGUUUGUUGAGGGCAACAAGCUCAAGGCCUCGAAAUUGCAGGAGCUGGCGCUGAACCUGAGCGAGAAGGUGAACCAGAUUGUUGAGAGAAACGAACGUCUGAGCCUGGGAGGAUUCCAGUAUCCGCUGGAGAAAAAACAGAACAGACCUGAACGUGCGAACGGCGUUGCCACCAAGCAGUAA